UCCGGGGUUCAUUUGAAGCAGUAUGCGAAUCGUCCCGAUGUACGGAUGGAGACUGGAGAGCGCAUAAGCCAUUGUCAGUACAGCUGGACUGCAGAGGUGAAGUGGGCGUGCCACGCAUUCAGGAUCCUCAACCUUAAUUGGAAUGCAAAAUAAAAAAUAACACAAUUCUGUUUUUAUAAAGUUAGUCCGUUUAUUCAUCAGCAACAUUUCAAGUUUUUGGCUGUUUCAACGCUUUCCAAUGAAUUGCACAAGGGUCCUACACAUGUUGAACCCCAGGCCGAUGCCAGGUCCUAUCAUGCCAGUAGAUGUAGCCAUGAGGAUCUGCCUAGCAAGCUCUCCACCCCUCCGCAGCUUCUUCAGCACGUACGAGGACUACCGAUCGCGAAACCUGGUCAACCACUACAAACCACUGAGGCCAUGUAUCAGCUCCAAGCAGGAGGUAGAGGCCUCCAGCCUGGGAUGGAAGAGUCCCAAGACCAAGGGGAUGAAGCGGGUGGUCUUCGCUGAUUCAAAAGGCAUGUCCCUAACGGCCAUCCACGUGUUCAAGGAGUUUGAGGAGGACCCAAUGUCUGACCUGCAAUUUGACCUGUCGGACCUGGCUAAUGCCACCACCGGCCUAAAGGUCAACAUGGAGAAAAGUUUUACUCUGGACUUCCCUCAGCCUGCUGGAGAUUACCUUGACUUCAGGAACCGGCUUAAUAAGAACCAAGUGUGUCUGGAGAACUGCACACUCCAGGAACAGUCACUCACUGGCACUGUGAAAGUUAGGAAUUUAAGCGUUGAGAAAUCGGUCUCAAUACGGAUAACGUUUGACUCAUGGAAAACCCACACGGACGUUGCAUGUACGUACCUGAACAAUGUGUAUGGUUGUUUGGACACUGACACCUUCGCUUUCACCGUCGACCUGCCAAGUUCUGUGCCCUCACAGGAGCGUAUAGAGUUCUGCAUAUGCUUCACUACCCAGGAUCAGACGUACUGGGACAACAACGAUGACAAGAACUACAAGUUGCUCCACAACGACACAGAUGCUGACCAGACCAGCAAUCCCAUCAUACAGACCACCAUACCAGUUGAGUUCAAGAGAGAUGGCAAGAUGCCGGAGAUGGAGUUUGACCAGUUCGGGAGCCCAAGGACGUCCAGUGGAUUCUUCCCUGAAUGGCAGAGCCGGGGACGCAUAGAGACCACGGCCCCAUACUGGUGAAGCAACAACAGGGCUUUUAUGAGAAAUCCACAAGAUGCUCUUACAACAUCAACUCCAUUUUAGUGACAACAGAAAAUUGAACAGUGUGUUCAUAUGAGAGUGCUGGCUGACCCCCUUCAACAAUUAAGAUAUAACCACAAUCUGAACCCUUAAGAUGUUCAAGAUCUGCGACUCACUCAUCAACAGUUGAGGUCAUUGUGGGGCCCUAGAAUGGACAUAUUUGUUUUGUCACUACAAUGGAAAGGUUCAGAAUGUGCUGUCUCUUCAUGUUUGGGGGUAUAUGUGAAGAUACAGAAAUCUAUAAACAACCAUUUGAGCCUGUAACCACCUGUUGUCCUCCAGUUAACCCUCUAAUCACUGUGACCAGUACACAACAUAAAGCAUUGUGGUAAAAUGUAAUCAUAGCCACACAAAUAUUAUGAUUGAAAUUGCCUAGAAUGAAUGACAAAUUGCAAAGGGCAGAUAUAAUAGUGUACUCAAUUUUUACAGUGAACUAAAGCAUGUUAUAGACUUGAGAUGUGUUAAAUUAUGAUUUGUCGUAACAUAGAUGCCUUUUUUUGUAAUUGUUACUUUGAUUGUCCGUUAAACAGUUUGUAAUACAAUGGCAUUACUUCACCACCUGGAUACACAGCUUUUUCAAAAACAUUGAGAGCCUGCACUUUAAUUAAUAUUUUCAAAGGAGGUUUAGCAUUUUGUACAUGGAGAGCUGUUUUGCUGAGUUUAUAUCAACAUAAUUAGCUUUACUUGCCCUAUAAUAGCUGGAACUAUGCCCUGGUGUGAGAUGUACGGUAAGCAACCAGAAUGUCAGUAUAAUCUAAGUAAGUCACCCGAAUGUUGCCAGACAUUGUUGCCAGAGCAGACGACUUUGCACUGACCAAAAUAUGGUAUGCCUUUUAAAUGUGAGAAUGUGAAAGAAUAAGAAAUUGAAAGUGGAAUCAUUUGGUUCAACAUAAAGUACUUCAUAUUGAAGUUGUCUCAAAUGCCAUGGUACCAUUUGAUUGAAGACUUUCAGGUGAAAAAACAAAAAGCAAUACAGGUAAAUAUGCAUGACGAUACCCCAGCAGAUGAUCAAUUAGGUGUAGGCCUAAAUGGAGCACCUUCCUUUUUUUCACUUAAAAGUUUUCCUACGUCCAUUGAUUUGUGAAAAUCCAUCACAGGCAAACACAUUCAAUGUGCUCUUCCUAACCUUCUCUUCUAAAUGUCUGCUGCUACUGUACGUAUGUGCUGUUCUAUCUUCAAUGUGUUUCAUGGACCCAUGCUAUGUGAAUUGUCUCAUAUGGGAAAUAGGGUGAAGAGAGUGAGGGGAAUGUGGAUGUUAUUUAAGGAAUGAAUGAGUAAGUAAGGAAAGUGUUUUAAAAGGGAAAUGAAUGGAAAAGAGGUCAGUGUUAUGCUUGGGACUGAGGAUUCAGAGUUUACCAGACAGUGGUGAACAUUGUUAGCUACUUGGUUUUUGAAGUGUAAAUAAGGCAGAAUGUAAAGGGCUAUGACACAAGCCAUGGUGUCUAACCGCCAGCAUCUUUUUCUACUGCAAGGAAAGGUCUCUGUGUGUGACAAAUGGUUGACUGUUUUCUGUGUUCCUUUCAGAAAUAAAAAUCUAAUGUUUAUAGUG